AUGAAAUCGAAAAAUAAUUCUUGCUACGACAAUGACACUGGAGGUGGAAAUAAUAAUGGAUGUGGUGGCGGUAACGGAAAAAAUAACAAUGUAACUUUUAGUGCUGAAUAUAAUUUACCAGCUCAGCAAACUGUUCAGAAAACUACUGGAACAGAGUGUAAUGAUAAUGGCUCAAAUUCUCAGACAAAAAUACAAAAUAAAGUGCCUAUAAAAACAAAUACUAAUCCCAUUGUUUCCAUAAAAUAUUUGAUAUCCACUUUGCAAACUUCUUCACAACAUCCAUUACAACCACUUUGGAUGAUUCUUCCGUAA